CGACGAGAAUUUAAUCACUUUCUCUCGCUUUUCCGUAUUCCACUAUUUUUUUUUUUUCUCUGAUUACAUGAAUCGAUUUCUUCACAGAUUCCACGGAAAUUUUGGAUAGCUGGAGCAAAACCCAUCGAUUUCGUCUUCAGGUCCUCCUCACCUCAGGGAAUGGAAAACCCAGAAACCCUAGCAGAGGGCAGAGUAGUUAAAGCUCAAAUCUUAGAAGAAGAGACCAUCAAAGUUGGAUCUAGGGUUUCGAAUGAGACCCUGACUGGAUCACAGUUGCUUUCGGAGGUUCCAUUGGACAGAGUUGAAGGGAAUGGUAUUAGGGUUUCAGUUGCUGCUAGUGGAGAGGUGGUUCCGGUAGAACUCGACAAGAAAGAGAAAGAUGGAACUUUGGGAGGUCAUGCGCUCGGGGAUGGUGGAAGUCGGAUGGCAGCAGCUUCUUCAGAGUUGCAAGAGAAUGGGAAGAAGAUUGUGAAGGGAAAUGUUACUGUUGCAGUGGACGGUUCAGCUGUUAAUGAUAAGGACAGUGGUGGUGCCCAGACAUUGCCGGAAACGGUGUUAAAAAAGGAAGGCUCUUCGUGUUUCAACGGUGGUGACUCUGCUACGAAGAUUAAAGUUUCAGGGGACGGUUCACCAAAGCAGAAAGGGGGCUUGUUAUCUGAUAAUGGUGAGGGCAAUCCGGAUGACGAGGUUUCAGGAAUUUCUGUUCACAUGGUGGAGACCAAGAAGAGUAACAGUGUAGUAGGCAAGGAAGAAAAAGAAGAAGUGGAUGAAGGGGAAGAAGAGGAGGAGGUAGCCAAUGAUGAAGAUCAUGAGUUCUCUAUUGGUGAUUUUGUGUGGGGCAAAAUUAAAAGUCACCCGUGGUGGCCUGGGCAGAUCUAUGAUUCUUCAGAUGCUUCGAAGUAUGCUGCACAGUUCCAUCGGAGGAACCGCCUCCUGGUGGCGUACUUUGGCGAUGGCACCUUUGCUUGGUGUUAUCCGUCUCAGUUAAAGCCUUUUAAGGAGAACUUUGAACUUAUGUCAAAUCAAAGCAAUUCUAAGAGUUUCCUUAAUGCUGUCGAGGCAGCUGUGGAUGAGAUAGGCAGGCGUGUAGAGUUGGAGAUGACCUGCACUUGUGUACCAGAGGAAUUACGAAACCGAAUUGCAAGACCAUUGUCUGUGAAUGCUGGAAUCAGGGAAGGAGUAGUUGUACCAGGCGGCGGGAUUGGUGAACUCACGAUCACUCUCUACAAACCUGCAGAAUUGCUUGCCCUUCUAAGGGAUUUUGCAGAGGUUGUUUCAGUGAAUAGUAUAAUGGAGCUUAUGGUGUUACGCAGCUGUUUGUCGGCCUUCUUUCGUGCUAAAGGUUACGCGCAAUUGCCCAUGUACUAUGAAGCGGAGGAUGUCACUGGUCCUGAAGACUUUGCUGUAAAUAAUGAAAUGGAUAAAACCAUUGUAGAUGAUCUCACGGGGGAAUCAAUCCUGCACCCAGCUAAAGCAGACCAGCUUUCAUCACCAGUAGGUCAUGGGGUCAGCAAACCAUGCCAAACCUCAUCUCUGAGGUGGCCAGGUAUUUCUGAUGAUAAGUUACAUCAGAGAAAGAAGCAGAAAAGCAUGGCUGAGCUUUUGGCAGGGGAUGUCGAUCUCGAGUGCCGGAAUGGUGAGAGUGAUGCUGCUGGGGAAAUUUUCUCAGGUAAACCGGUAUCAGCCUCAAAGAAAGAGAGGAAGGACUCUGAAUAUGACAUUAGUAUAGGAGCAGAAGAUUCAGCUGGUGAUUAUUCGGGUCUUCAAACUAAGAAGCUGAACAAAAGUAAGCUUUUAGUAUCUCCUCCAACUGCAGACAAGAAAAGCUCCAGCAUUAACAACGAUGACAGAGGGGCUGAAUCAGCUGCAGUGAGCUCUUCCCCCAGGGUGAGGAAGAAGAGCAAGUACUUGUCACCUCCCUACACGGACCUAAUCUGGGGAAACAAAAUCUUGAAUUCUUCAAAGGAUUCUGAAACAGUCUCUCCAAAGGCUAAAAUGGUUUCCUCUACAGGGGAUUUCACCAGCCGGGAUGAAGAUCAGCUUACUGAAACCCCUCCAAUUGUAAAGUGUAGUAGUCAGACUUCUCAGAAGAAGUCCUCUAAGGAGAGUGGUGUUCGACACAAUGCGUCUAGUUACUCGAGCCCUCGAACACCUAACAGUGUCAAUUACAAGAAUAUUUUCAUGGAAGACGAUGCAUUUACAGAUGAAAUGUUUUCAGACUUCCUUACCAUAGCAUUGGAUCCUUUUUAUCUAGAGGGGAGUCAACGUUUUGAUACAUUCAAGGGUUUCUUUUCCAGAUUUAGGAGCUCUGUAUAUUGGAAUGAAUCUAAUUCUAUGACAGACAGUGAUCAGCUAGUUGUUCAAAGUGGUAGAGUAAUGAAGUCCUUGGAGAGUAAUCCAGGUUCAUCUGGGCAAGCUUCUCAGGCAAUUGAUCAAGGUGGUAGAAAAAGGAAGUCCUUGGAGGGUAAUCCAGAUUCAUUUGUGCCAGCUUCCCAGGCAGCUGAUCAAGGUAUUAGAAGAAAGAAGUCCUCAGAGAGUAAGACAGGUUCAUCUGGGCGAGCUUCCCAGGCAGCUGGUCAAGGUGUUAGAAGAAAGAAGUCCUCGGAGAGUAAGGCAGGUUCAUCUGGGCGAGCUUCCCAGGCAGGUGAUCAAAUUGGUAGAAAAAGGAAGUCCUUGGAGAAUAAUCCAGGUUCAUCUGUGCGAGCUUCCCUGGCAACUGAUCAAAGUGGUACAAAAAGCAAGUUAUUGGAGAGUAAUCCAGGUUCAUCUUUGCAAGCUUCCCUGGCAACUGAUCAAAGUGGAACAAAAAGCAAGUCCUUGGCGAGUAAUCCAGGUUCAUCUGGGCAAGCUUCCCAGGCAGCUGAUCAAAGUGGUACAAAAAGCAAGUCCUUGGAGAGUAAUCCAGAUUCAUCUGGGCGAGCUUCCCAGGAAGCUGAUCAAAUUGAUACAAAAAGCAAGUCCUUGCAGCAGAGUAAUCCAGAUUCAUCUAGGCAAGCUUCCGAGGCAGCUGAUCAAAGUGGUACAAAAAGCAAGUCCUUGGAGAGUAAUCCAGAUUCAUCUAGGCAAGCUUCUGAGGCAGCUGAUCAAAGUGGUGCAAAAAGGAAAUCCUUGGAGAGUAAUCCAGAUUCAUCUGGGCGAGCUUCCCAGGCAGCUGAUCAAAGUGGUAAAAAAAGGAAGUCCUUGGGGGUAAGUCCAGGUUCAUCUGGGCGAGCUUCCCAGGCAACUGAUCAAAGUGGUAAACAAGCACCCCGGCCAAGUGAUCAAAGUGGUAGAAAAAGGAAGUCCUUGGAGGGUAAUCCAGAUUCAACUGGGCGAGCAUCCCAAGCAACUGGCCAAAGGGGUAGAAAAAGGAAAUCCUUGGAGGGUAAUCCAGGUUCGUCUGGGCGAGCAUCCAAUGCAUCUGAUCAUCCAUCUCCUGGACCAAAAUCCAAAAGAAAGAAGAAAGCAACAGAGGAAGCAUUUUUACUGAAUGCCAAAAGUAAAUUGCAACAAGUUGAUGUCGCAUCAGGUUUGAAGAUUGAUCUAAAUAAGGAGGAAACCAAAGAUGAAUCUUCAGCAGCCGCUCUUCUCUUGACAUUUGCCCCGGGAUUCUCCUUACCUUCUAAGGAUGAUAUGAUCACGAUAUUUGGUAGGUUUGGGUCUUUGAAUGAGAAAGAAACGGAAGUACUGGGAGAUUCAUAUUGUGCUCGUGUUGCCUUCAUGAGGAGCUCUGAUGCAGAAGAAGCCUUUAACAGUUCCCAAAAGGUCAGCCCCUUUGGACAUGCAGUGGUCAAUUACGGUCUCCACUAUUCAUCACCGAUUUCUGGGGUAUCUGUGCUUGAUGGGAGCUCACAUUUGCAUCCAACCCCUCUGCCCAUCGAAGGCAAUGAACCCUCAGCAUGCCCGUCUGCUUUGAGGCCACCGGCGGCCGGUGAAGCUCCGCCUCUUGUCUUUAUAAAACAAAAUCUUGAGAUGAUGACAUCUAUGCUGGAGCAAUCAGGAGACAAACUAUCACCAGAGGUGAAAUCAAACUUGGAGGGUGAGAUUAAAUGCCUCUUGAAUAAGUUAAGCACAAUGGAUGACUCUUCCUUGUCUUAGUUCAAUGUGUCUGUAUUAUAUGGAGCUAUUAUUGUCUUCAACCCAUCUUUUCUUUUAUUUAUUCCCAUUAGGCUACUGUUGAAUAGAGUUAGUAGGAAUCUAUGUUCCUUCCUUUGUAGGGUGACUAUAACAGGAAUGUACUUUAUGUAGGAAUACAAGCUUUGUUUCUUUGGGGUCGUUGAGCA